AUGUCCAGCGCCAACGCCGGAGAUCCUCAGGAUCUAAACACCGUCAAGGUUGAUACGAGUGUCGAGAGCCCCAAUGAGCUACGCCAGGCUAUGGAUUGGAAAAUUCUUUCCCAUGAACUCUUUAACGAGACAGACGACAAGGGGGAGCCUGUCAAGCUGAUUGUCCCCGACGCACACGACAUUGCGGGCUACCAUAUCCGCCUUCGUAUCGAGUGGACCGUGGACCCUUCCAACAAGGAACCCACCGACAAAGAAUGGAAGGAAGGGCACUUCAUCGAGCGAGACGUGCAGCACGUGGACGAAGGAAAAGUUUUGGAGUACUGGAAGGCGCUCGGAGGAAGAGACGCCGUGUCUGGAAUUCCGGAGGACUUCGCCCAUGUACUUCGAAUCCUUGAGGAGGGGGGGAAACCCAAGAGAGGUAAAGCCAAGUACAAGCUCCAAUUUGUGGGAUACUCCGCCGAGAAGAACGACGUCGGAUACUGGAGCCGGGACAAGCUCAAGUACAACUACCCUGAGCUUCUACAGGAGUGGGAAGAAAGAGAUGAAUGA